CAGCAAGUAGCUAGGAAGCUGUAUGUUAUGAUUGUUAAUUUGUUAUCUUAUCUAACCAAAACUUUGGACCCUUAACCGACACCGGCCAGCAUCUUUAAGCCAACGCAAAAGCCAUUCAGAAAAGGCUGAGAGACUUCCCAACUUGUCACCCGUCCACUAGCCGCUUUGGUGGAACAAUCUGGCUUUCUCUUGGCAAACAAAGAAUAUAGGAAAGACAGAAUGUUCGAGUCACCACUUUCCUAAAAUUCAACUCUUUAAGUCUUCAUUUUUAGGCACACAUGGUUUCUCAUGCUCCGCCCAUAUAACACACCGUCUCUCUCUGAUACUUUGUACUUCUCGUACUGUUGUUUCCAUACUAAUUAACAUUACCUUAAUGGGAAUUGUUCCAUGUCCUUUGCCCUGCCGCACAUACAGUACAGAAUCCGAGUCCAGCUCCAGUUAUCACCUUCACUCCGAUCCUUCAUCUUCAUCCUCAAUAUCUUCCCAGCCAAGCCUUGCAUCGGUUCCUUCAACCUCCUCGAUAUUUUCCCAACUAAGCCUUGCCUCUGUUCCUUCAUUGUCGCAAUAUGCACUGCAACAAACCCCCACAACCCAACUUAACUGCAUAGCAACCCUGAAAUCGGACUCCUCCCCUGUCGUUUCCCUAGUCCUAUCCGGAAAGUUCCUCUACACCGGCUCAUCUGACGGCGAGAUUCGAUCAUGGAGCUGCAGGGACAUGUCCCCAAACAUACUAGCCACCACCAACUCCACGGUCAAGUCUCUAGUGAUUGUGGGAGACAGGAUCUUCAGCGCUCACCAAGACCACAAGAUCCGAGUUUGGAAAGUCGACACUAGCAAUGAACAAAAAUUCAAAUGCAAAUGCAUAGCUACCCUGCCAACACUGAUAGAUCGUCUCCCAAGACUGUUCUCCCCUAACAGCUACGUCCAAGUUCGGCGGCACAAGAAGUUAACGUGGGUGCAUCAUGUGGACGCAAUAUCAGCUCUGGCGGUAUCACAGGAUGAGUCUCUUCUCUACUCUGCUUCAUGGGACCGCACGUUUAAAAUCUGGCGAACCUCCGACUUCAAGUGCUUCGAGUCCGUGAGCAACGCCCAUGAAGAUGCCAUAAACGCAAUAGUGGUGAGCCACGACGGGUUUGUUUACACUGGCUCGGCGGAUAAGAAGAUCAAGGUGUGGAAGAAACUCGCUGGAGAGAAGCAUCACACACUUGUUGAGACACUAGAGAAGCACAAGUCGGCCGUGAACGCCUUGGCUUUUAGCUCCGACGGGUCUGUGUUGUACUCCGGAGCGUGUGAUCGGUCGAUUUUGGUGUGGGAAAGAGAGAGUGGCGAUGGUGGUGGGAUGGUUGUAGCGGGGGCGCUUCGAGGUCACACUAAAGCGAUAUUGUGUUUGACGGUGGUGGGGGAUUUGGUGUGCAGUGGUUCGGCGGAUUGUAGUGUUAGGAUUUGGAGGAGAGGGGUUGGUAAUGAUCGGAGCUACUCGUGUUUGGGUGUAUUGGAAGGUCAUAGACGACCGGUGAAGUGCUUAACGGCGGCCGUGGAUUUGGACGGUGAUGGUAUAAGUGAUUGUGUUAGUUCAUUUGUUGUUUAUAGCGGCAGUUUGGAUAGUGACAUCAAGGUGUGGCAAAUACAGAUCCCUCUAAUUGGUUAAUUUGAGUAAAAACUAAAUUGUUGGUAAAGAUAAUCAAGGGUUUUUUCUGACCAAGAAAUCCUCCACACUAGUACAUAUCAACGGAUUGUAUGAGAGGCUCAAUAAAUGGUACAUUUCACUAUUUGCA